ACCGGAAGGAAGGAAGCCGGCGCUGCGCUCCGGCCGCCCGGCGAUGCUGCUGCGGUCGCUGCGGGGCUGGGCCGCGGGGGCGCUGCGGAGCUGCAGGCCCGGGACCCCCGGGCGCCCUGCCUCGGGCUCCGGGUCUCGGCACCGCGCUUGGCUUCCGGAUAGAGAAAAUGAAAAAGAGAAGAAGUCAGUGGUUUGUAUUGAGGGCAAUAUUGCAAGUGGAAAGACAACAUGCCUGGAGUUCUUCUCCAACACGACAGACAUUGAGGUGUUAAUGGAGCCUGUGCUCAAGUGGAGAAAUGUUCGUGGCCAUAAUCCUCUGAGUCUGAUGUAUGGCGAUGCCCGCCGAUGGGGCCUCACGCUGCAGACGUAUGUGCAGCUCACCAUGCUGGACCAGCAUACUCGUCCCCAGAUGUCACCUGUUCGGUUGAUGGAGAGGUCAAUUCACAGUGCAAGAUACAUUUUUGUAGAGAACCUGCAUAGAAGUGGGACGAUGCCGGAAGUGGAUUAUGUGGUUCUGUCGGAAUGGUUUGACUGGAUCGUGAGGAACAUGAAUGUGUCUGUGGAUCUGAUUGUUUAUCUCCGGACCACUCCUGAGAUCUGUUACCAGAGAUUGAAGAUGAGGUGCCGGGAAGAAGAGAAGGUCAUUCCCCUGGAGUACCUGGAAGCCAUUCACCAUCUGUAUGAGGAAUGGCUCAUCACCGGAAGCAUCUUCCCUGUAGAGGCCCCUGUCCUGGUGAUUGAGGCCGACCACAACAUGGAGAAGAUGUUAGAGCUCUUUGAACAAUAUCGGGCCCGGAUAUUUACUCCAGAGAAUUGGAAGCAUGGCCCAUAGGGUGGGAAGAUCUGUAGGAUGAUGGCGGGAAGAUGCCUGCAGCUGCCAAGGUAGCUGCUCCUUGGCUGAUGUCUUAAUCGUGGGACCAAUGGACUCACCUGUUAUGCCUUUUGGGAUUUGCAGCUGCCCAUCACCUCGAGUGGCUUCCCACUCCUGGAAACCUCCUCGGAAGCCCUAAGGCAGAACACUUGUACGCCAGUGUCAUGCUCUGCUUUCAGACCACCUAGCAGGGUGAGGACGCAAUCUUAUAUAUCCUAGGUGAGGAUUUGAAGUCCAGAGAGGUCCAGGUUUACCACUUGCCCCCCCCCCCCCCCCCCCGCCCAUCCCCAGGUCACACAACCAGAGCACAGAAAAGCCAGCACUGUUGGUCCAGGCUGCCUCAUCUUGAGUUCUAUUGCCUUUGCCUGCUGCAAGCCCUCACAUCUUUGUGGGCAGAGCUGGCAGUACACGGAGCUGAUCUCACCCUCUCAGUUUUGAGCAGCUCUUAAGGACAAUCAAUUUCUAAACCUUCAUAAAACUAUGCUGUUUGUCUCUGGCCCAGUCGUCCAUGGUUUCUUGGCACAGGUUUGCUGUAGCGUGAGCCCCCUGCGCAUCUGCAUGUGGACAGCCACGGAAGAGUCCCACAUUGGCUUGCUUGGGGAUGGAGGUGCUCCCCAAGGUACAGGCAGAAAAAUAGUGUGAGGGCCUGGCUGUUCUGCGCAGUACCAAGUGGGCCCAGGGCGUGGCCAGUCUAGCUUGUGGAGCAUCAAGGAUUCUAGUUCCUGGUCCUGCCUGGGCCAGUUCUUGGGCUUGUCAACAGAAACCCAAAUGCUGCUAAUUAGCUAGAAGAAAAGGAGGAAGGCAGGAACCUUAGUACCAGUAAUCCUCACAUGUUGGGACCAUCUUUGGGAAUUGAUAAACAGUCCAUUACAUCCCCUCUUGGCUCAGUCUGAGCGUUUGUUUUGGGAGAUUUUCUUUUUGCUUAAUGGUAGCCAAUAAAUCCAUCACCUAAA